GUACCAUAGCCGUCUCACAGCACAACGCCCUGCAGUACAGCGUUGCAGACAGGAAGACAAAGGAUCCUCCACCAUGCACGGAAAGGUUCUUGCCAUCGUCUGCCUCCUUGGCUUUGCCGCUCAAGGACAGGCCUACUGGAACCUGGGAUGGGGAGGCUCUAGCGGCUGGCUAGGUGGUGGCUAUGGAGGCCUUAUGGGUGGAUACGGUGGAUAUGGUGCUCUUUCUGGUCUCGGCGGAGGAUUCGGUGCACUCGGCGGACUCGGGGGGCUCUAUGGAGGUUAUGGCGGAUUGAGUGGUCUGUCAGGUCUAUACGGAGGUUACUCAGGACUUGGUGGCGUCUCAGGACUUCUUGGCGGUUACUCUGGCUUGGGUGGCUUGUACGGUGGUCUCGGAGGAGUCCGUCUGCUCGGUGGUGGCCUCGGAUACUCCGGUCUGCUAGGUGGCUAUUCUGGCGUUGGCGGUUUCUCAGGACUUCUUGGUGGCUACUCUGGCUUGGGUGGCUUUUACGGUGGUCUCGGAGGAUCACGCGUGCUCGGUGGUAGCCUCGGAUACCCCGGUCUUCUAGGUGGAUAUUCUGGCCUUAGCGGUCUCAUGGGAUCAUACGGAGGUUUCCCACGAUUCGGUGGCCUUUCAGGCCUCCUUGGAGGUUACCCCGGCUACUCUGGUCUGUACGGCAGCCCUCUGAGCUCAUUCGGUUAUGGUUCCCUCGGAGGCUUUGGUUCCUACGGAGGCUCCUUCGGAUUCCCCGGAUACAGUUAUGGUCCUUACGGUUCAUUCGGUUCUUCCUACGGAGGCUUCUGGCCCAGCUACGGUGGCUUCUGGCCCAGCUACGGUGGCUUCGGACCUAGCUUCGGAGGUGUUAGACCCGGAUCUGUCUCCUCUGUUGUACGCCCAGGUGGAGGUGUUGUUUCUGCAGGCCCUGUCGCUGGAGUUAGAGUUACUGCACCAGCGACUAGCCUCAUCACACCCAAUGGCAUGCCUGCCCUCUCCGGAGUCGCCGUGACCGGCGCCAAGGGAAUCAAGACCAUUGCUUGAACGCUCUUGAAGUGCCUGACAUAUUGUCCACAACACAUCAGUCACAUCCAUACAUGAAGAAUACCCUACGAAAUGUAUAAUAGGGAAGCAAAGCAACACUGGCUGUAAAAAAAAAGUAUCAAAUCCGAUAACUAGUUUUUCCCAAAAUAAAGUGGAAAGAAUUGUAACUGUA